AUGACGCCCCCCCACACCCCGGCGCACGCAGGCAUCCCGGGCACGCUGCACCGCGUCAGCGCGAUGCGGGACAGGCAGGGCGGCAUUGCGGGGCUGACGUACCGAGUGGGCAGGCAUGUGCCAGGUGGGCCGCCCCCGCCUGCUGCAGAUGGAUGCGUCGCUGCGUGCGCCCAUUCAUCUUCUUCUUGCUGCUGCUGCUCAUCCAUCUUGCAGGGUGGCCCUGGAGUGGGCAAGACAACGUUGCUUCGGGAUGUGGCCAGCCUGCUGUCAGACACGUUCAGCCAGAAGGUCGUUGUUGUGGACACUUCCAACGAGGUGGCUGGGGACGGCAGCGAGCCACAUGCCUGCAUUGGCAGCGCGCGCCGCAUGAUGGUGCCCUCCCAGCAGCACAGCGUGAUGAUCGAAACAGUUCAAAACCACAUGCCUGAUGUGGUGAUUGUGGAUGAGAUUGGCACUGCGCGGGAGGUGGAGGCGUGCCGAAGCAUCGCGCACCGAGGCGUGGUGCUGGUGGGCACCGCUCACGGUCGCAGCCUCAAGGCGCUCAUGCGCAACCCAGACCUGAACGGAUUGAUCGGCGGCAUCCACCAGGUCACGCUGGGAGACGAGGAGGCACGGCGCUCCAACCACGGCAAGACGCGCACGGAGCGGCGCGGCGAGCCCGCCUUCUCUACCCUGGUCGAGGUGCUGAGCCGCAGCAGGUGGCGCGUGCACAUGAGCGUGGCGCGCAGCGUGGACGACAUGCUGGCCGGCAGGUGGGAGGAUGGGGAAGUGGGCUGA